AUGGCUGACUUCUUGUUACCACCGGGUACUAACAGCUUCCACCGGUUCACGCCUGAAUCCUUGGCUGCUAUUGAGAAACGAAUUGCGGAGAAGCUUGCAAGGAAUGCAAAGCAGGAAUACAGAGAGCAGCUGGGCGAAGAAGAGAAACCUCAGCCUCAGUUUGAUUUGCAAGCUUGCAAGAAGCUGCCUGAUAUCUAUGGGACUGUUUCUCCAGAGCUCAUUGGGGAGCCAUUGGAGGACCUUGACCCUUUCUACAAUGAUCGUAAGACAUUUAUAGUACUGAACAAAGGGAAGACAAUCUUUCGAUUUAGUGCCACUCCUGCCUUGUAUAUACUUAGUCCGUUCCAUCCAAUCAGAAGAGCAGCAAUUAAAAUUUUGGUACAUUCAUUGUUCAGUAUGUUUAUUAUGUGCACUAUUUUAACUAAUUGUGUGUUCAUGGCACAAUCAGAGACUCCGUCAUGGAAUAAAUAUGUUGAGUACACUUUCACUGGCAUUUACACUUUUGAGUCAUUGAUAAAAAUCUUGGCGAGAGGAUUUUGCAUGACAGAAUUCACUUUCCUUCGAGAUCCAUGGAACUGGCUGGAUUUCAGUGUUAUUGUUAUGGCAUACAUAACUGAAUUUGUGGACCUGGGCAAUGUCUCAGCCUUACGAACGUUCAGAGUACUGCGGGCGCUGAAAACAAUCUCAGUCAUUUCAGGACUGAAGACCAUUGUAGGGGCACUUAUCCAGUCUGUUAAGAAACUUGCUGAUGUGAUGAUCCUGACCGUUUUCUGCUUGAGUGUCUUUGCCCUCAUAGGCCUCCAGCUCUUCAUGGGCAACUUGCGACACAAGUGUGUCAGGGACUACACCAAGUUUAACUCCACCAAUGGCACAUUGUACUUGGAUGGUAGGAUGUGGAACACCUCAGAGGAAUUUCUUAGUGAUCCAGUGAACUAUUUCAUAAAAAAUGGUACAGAAGAUGUGUUACUGUGUGGCAAUAGCACUGAUGCUGGCACGUGCCCUGAGGGAUAUAUAUGUCUGAAGGCUGGGGAAAAUCCUGACCAUGGUUACACAAGUUUUGACACUUUCGGCUGGGCCUUUCUCUCUUUGUUCCGUCUUAUGACUCAAGAUUAUUGGGAACGUCUUUAUCAACAGACUCUCAGAUCUGCUGGGAAGAUCUACAUGCUGUUUUUUAUGCUGGUCAUCUUUCUGGGCUCAUUUUAUCUGGUCAACCUGAUUCUGGCUGUUGUGGCCAUGGCGUAUGAAGAGCAGAACCAAGCCACUAUUGCUGAAACAGAGGAGAAGGAAAGAAAGUUUCGGGAAGCCAUGGAGAUGUUAAAGAAAGAGCAGGAGGCACUAGCUGCUAAAGGAAUUGAUUCAAUGUCACUUAGUUCAUUGGAAAUGUCACCUUUAGCAUCCAAAAAUGCCAAAGAAAGAAGAAGUAGGCGAAAGAAAAAGAAAACUUUGGGGGCAGAAGAGUAUGCGGAAGACCAAAGGAAUCCCAAGUGUGACUACGAAGAUGGUCAGAGGAGAAUGACUCUCCUUGGCAUUAGUUAUGGUCCCAGUGCAAACUUGGUGAAGCGCAGAACCAGCCACGGAAGCAUAUUCAGUUUCCGACUCCGUGGCAGAGACACUGGCUCCGAAACAGAUUUUGCCGAUGAUGAGAUCAGCACUGCUGGGGAAAAUGAAAGCCACCGGGGCUCUCUCUUAAUUCCAAGAUCUGGGAGGCGUCCGAGCGUGCAAAGUCAAGUGAGCCAUAGUUCUCACCCUACUACUCCCAACUACACCCAGACGGGCAAAAGGAACAGCUCAGUGGAUUGCAAUGGUGUGGUUUCCCUGAUAGGAGGAGGCACCGGGGCACUCAACCCAGACCCUACUUCUCCUGCAGGGUUACUGCUCCCCCCAGUUAUUAUGGAAAAACCUGGGACAGGCGACCUGACCUCUCCCUCGGACGAGGCAAGCAAGAAGCAACUUUUAAUGCCGCACCGCCCAUCAGUGGACCACUCGGACGAACCCUUUCAGAGGCAGAGGGCAGUGAGUGCUGUCAGCAUCAUCACCAGUGCCCUGGAAGAGCUUGAGGAAUCACACCAGAAAUGUCCUCCCUGCUGGAACCACUUUGCUGUUAAAUUUCUCAUUUGGGAUUGCUGCCCACUUUGGCUUUUAAUCAAGAAAUUUGUCAAGUUUGUGGUAAUGGACCCAUUUACCGACCUCACCAUCACCCUUUGCAUUGUGCUGAACACGCUCUUCAUGGCCUUGGAGCAUUAUAAGAUGACGAAGGAGUUUGACCAUAUGCUUUACAUAGGCAAUUUG